AUGUUUGUUAUCAGCCGUGCUGAUACGAUUGCGGCCGCUCUGUACUUUGCUGACCGCACUUUCUCCGAGAACCAUGGAGCCGAAAGUAAAUUUGAGACAGGACCCAGCUUUCCAGAAACUCCAAGAAUACUAUAACUCAAAUGCCGACAAAAUAAAUAUUCAACAAUUGUUCCAGCAGGAUCCGGAGCGUUUUAGCAAAUUCAGCCUUCGCAUCCCAACACCGAAUGAUGGGGAGAUCCUCCUGGACUACUCCAAGAACCGUGUGGACGACACGACCCUCGCGUUGCUCCUCAACCUGGCCAAGAGCCGCAACGUGGAGCAGGCCAGAGAUGCCAUGUUUAAUGGUGACAAGAUUAACUUCACGGAAGACCGAGCAGUGCUCCACAUCGCACUCCGCAACCGCCAGAAUCGUCCCAUCCUUGUCAACGGGAAGAAUGUCACGCCCGAUGUGAACGCUGUACUCGAUCAUAUAAAGGAGUUUUCCGGACAGGUCAUCAGUGGACAGUGGAAGGGAUACACAGGCAAAACUAUAACGGACGUGGUCAACAUCGGUAUCGGCGGAUCUGACCUCGGCCCGCUGAUGGUCACCGAAGCGCUCAAACCUUACGCCAACCAUCUGAAGGUCCACUUUGUGUCCAACAUCGACGGGACACAUUUAGCUGAGGUGCUGAAGCGCUUGAACCCCGAGACGGCUUUGUUCAUCAUCGCGUCCAAAACGUUCACCACCCAGGAGACCAUCACCAACGCAACCUCGGCCAAGAGCUGGUUCCUCCAGGCGGCCAAUGAUCCGUCGGCGGUGGCGAAACACUUCGUAGCGUUGUCCACGAAUGCUGAAAAAGUGACCGCUUUCGGGAUCGACGCUAAGAACAUGUUCGGUUUCUGGGACUGGGUAGGGGGCAGGUACUCCCUGUGGUCGGCCAUCGGUCUGUCCAUCUCCCUGUACAUCGGGUUCGAUAACUUCGAGAAGCUUCUAGAGGGAGCCAGCUUCAUGGACAAUCACUUUACCACCGCGCCGCUGGAGAAGAAUGCCCCGGUACUCCUGGCGCUGCUCGGCGUGUGGUACUCCAACUUCUACGGCGCUGAGACGCACGCCUUGUUGCCGUACGAUCAGUAUUUACACAGAUUCGCCGCGUACUUCCAACAAGGCGACAUGGAGAGUAAUGGCAAGUAUGUGACGCGUUCCGGGGCCCAAGUCGACUACAGCACCGGCCCCAUCGUGUGGGGCGAACCCGGCACCAACGGACAGCAUGCGUUCUACCAACUGAUCCACCAGGGCACCAGACUGAUCCCCUGCGAUUUCAUAGCGCCAGCACGCACGCACAACCCCAUCUCCGGCGGGGUCCACCACAAGAUUCUACUCGCCAACUUCUUGGCUCAGACCGAAGCGCUUAUGAAAGGCAAGACUAGUGACGAGGCUAAGGCUGAAUUAGAGAAGUCAGGUAUGUCAGCGGACGCGGUUAGCAAAAUCCUGCCGCACAAGGUGUUCAAGGGAAACCGUCCUACGAACUCCAUCGUCGUCAAACAGGUCACCCCCUUCACGCUCGGAGCUCUCAUUGCAAUGUACGAACAAAAAAUCUUCACCCAAGGCGUGAUCUGGGACAUCAAUUCCUUCGACCAAUGGGGCGUCGAGCUCGGCAAGCAGUUGGCCAAGGCGAUAGAACCUGAAUUGCAGGACAAUAACCCUGUUUCCAGCCAUGAUGCGUCGACUAACGGCCUCAUCAACUUCUUGAAGGCAAACUUCUAGGUUGUAUGUCAUUUCUUUCUUAAGUCUAACAUUAUGAAACAAAACGUAGAUUAUGUGUGUCAUAGAGCAUUCUACGUUGUUUGUAUUUUUUAAAAAAAGAACCGAUUUCGCUGCUUUUUUUUUUAAACGCAACAGACGUUUUGUUUUUUUUUUUGUAAAUUAAGGACGACUCCUAGCCGUUUUUAUUGUUACCUAUGUAAUGAAAUAAAAAAAAUACAUCAAUAUUAUGCGAUAUAUUUAUGUAAUGCAUUGAAGUAAAUAAAUUGUAUGUAAUUUGUACUAUGUAUUGUACUUAGUUGCUUAGUAGUUGCUCUCUGUAUGCGUUAUUUGUGUUAUGAGCUUGAAUCAAAUAUUACUAUUGUCUUUAUGUGUAACUUUCUAAGUGAAUCUAUAAAACGAACAUCACAAAACGAUCUUAAACUUUUAAAUCUUAAUUUUUGAAGUCACAAAAAUAUUUUAUUCAUAUCAUUUAUUGCUUUUUACAUUGUACAGUAGGGUAUAGGUAAUUUAACAACUAGGCCCCUUAGUUACUACGAAUCUAAUACAAUGUAAAACCUGUCGGGCAUCGCAAAUUAAAAAAAAAAUUGGUUAUGAUAAAGCUUCGCUAUAUUUAUAUCUAUAUACGAUACGAAGUGAUAAGAUGUGGUACUUUGGGUAAGAUACGUUAUGCGAAGAUUUAAGUUAAUCUAUACUAUUAUUAUAGAGGUAAGCGUUUUUAAGUUUGUAUGUUUGAGGCGGGUAAUCUCCGAAACUACCGAUUACUAUAGACUAUAUUUUAUCUCAUAAUUCCCACAGGAUGGAAGCCCCGGGCAACAUCUACUAAUAAAUAUUUCUAAAAAUUUGUCGUCAGUCGCGUCCAUUGUAACGAAUACAAAAAUCUUACGAGCAAGUGUUACCUAUAACUUCACCAUCCGUCUCUUUCUCUCAUAUCUGCAUAUUCCCGGUUUCGUGCGGGGUUAUGAAGCCGCGAAUCCAGGUGUAUGCGUAAGAGAAAGUCUAAACAAUUUUUGAAGAUUUGCCUGUGAUUUUACAACCGGCCGUCUAAACCCUCCUUGGGAAUGCUAUUGUUGCCUAGGCUGCGUGUCCCUUAGUCGCCUCGUACGACAACCACGGGAGUGGUCCUAUUCUCGAGAACUACUGGCCAAAUCUAGAUCUAUCUUACCACUUCGUAUGUACAUAUUUAUGUAUUUUCUAAAAGCUGUAUAAUAUUGGUAAAGGUUUAUAUAAUAUGAUUCUCAUGUUGUGGUUGUAUGCUAGAUUAUGUCGAAAUCAAUGUUAAAAGUUUAUAGGUUUUAUUAUAUGUUACAUUUACGAAAUAAAAUUAAUAUAUAAUUUU